AGUAGUUCUGGGGGAGGGUAGAUGUCUGGCCACUCUGUGACGUAAAUAGUUACGAUUUAAAAGAGAAACAGCAAGUGUAAGCAAAUGAGUGAACGAGAGAGAGACAGACAGAGAAGAUUCAUCCUUCCAGUUUACAACAUGCGUCUCAUCAACCUGGGUCCAGAUCCUUCUCUGGCCUACCGGCCAGACCAGCAGCCGGUCACUAGCAAGGCCCAGACAGAGUUCAGGAACUUUGAGAGUGGCGAGCUGUUUGACCGUGUAUACAACACAUACAAACUGAUGCACACACACCAGACCCUGGAUUUUGUCAAACGAAAGCAUGUGGAGUGGAGUGGCUGCACCCACGCUAAGAUGACCAUGAUGCAGGCCGUCGACUCCCUGGACCAGCUGGUAGACGAGUCCGACCCGGACGUGGACUUCCCCAACUCCUACCACGCCUUCCAGACGGCCGAAGGCAUCCGCGCCCAGCACCCCGACGAAGACUGGUUCCAGCUGGUUGGGCUCAUCCAUGAUGUCGGAAAAAUGAUGGCUCUGUGGGGGGAGCCUCAGUGGGCUGUAGUUGGGGACACUUUCCCAGUUGGCUGCAAAUUUCAGGACUCCAUCGUCUUCAGAGACACAACCUUUAAACAGAACCCAGACAACACUGACUCUGUGCGCAGUACCGAGUGUGGCAUCUACAAGCCUAAAUGUGGCCUGGAGAACGUGCUGAUGUCCUGGGGACAUGAUGAGUACCUGUACCAGGUGAUGAAGUUUAACAAGUGCACCCUUCCUGAGGAGGGUCUGUACAUGAUCCGGUUCCAUUCCUUCUACCCCUGGCACUGCGGGAACAGCUACACGCACCUGUGUGUUGACAAAGACAUGAGCAUGCUGUCCUGGGUCAAGGAGUUCAAUAAGUUCGACCUGUACACCAAGAGUGAGGAGCUGCCUGACGUGGAAUCCCUGAGGCCCUACUACCAGUCUCUCAUUGACAAAUACUGUCCAGGAGUCUUAGAGUGGUGACACACACACCUCCGCACACAGGCUGGCACUGGUGCUACACACACACACACACACACACACACUAGUUCUGAUCAAUCACACUAUGCUCAUCACAGAGAGAAAUUAAAAAGAACUGACCUGCCCAUCUAUUACAAGUAUCACAACGAUAUUGAUUCCUCGUCACUAUUUCAUCACUCAUCCUGAUUCUAGGACUGUAUACAUGUCUUGAUUUGAUGGGGUCAUAGCGGUAUUGAUUUGAUGGGGUCAUGGCAGUAUUGAUUUGACGGGGUCAUGGCGGUAUUGAUUUGAUGGGGUCAUAGUGGUAUUGUGAUUAGUGCUGUGAAGGGAUGAGGGAAGCAUUUGUCAAAUCACAGGAUUACAUUUUAUUAUAAACUUUGAAAAAGUCA